CAAGUCCACCCGCAAACCUCCCUCUGCCCACGUCCUUAAGUGCCACAUCCACACGUCUUUUAGUUCCCGCGCAGCCCCUUCCACCGAGGGAUUUUCCCGACUAUCCAGGCUGAGCCUCCCCUGAUCCCCGAGUGUUUCUGCUCUCCCUGCGGAGGCGUUGCCGGUCCCUGCGUGCCCGCGCUCUGGCUGCUGCCAGUCGCGAUUCCAACGGCAGAUGCCUUGGGAUGUGUUGUUCCCAAGGGAUGUGUUGUUCCCGAGGGAUGCGGGCCGAGGAGCCGCUGCUGGAGGCGGGGAUGGGGCCAGGGCCAGCGACGCUCCGUCCUCCAGGAAGGUCACGCUCUAAAUAUAAACCGGGACAGGGAUACGCUCAGAGGGGGAGCCGGAAGGAUUCCUGGAGCGGUCCCACCGGAGCAGCACAGUGCCGGCGUUGGUUCCCGGGCAUCACGCAAACAAGAUCGUUCAUCGGGCUUCGAACGGUGACUGCUCCGAGCUCCGGCUGGGACCAUCCCCAUGUGUGGUUGUGCUGACCCGGCUCUGCUGCGGCACUGACUCAGCUCUGCUUGGAUCCACCGCUGGGGAUCCAUAAGCACAGACACAGGCAUCCAGCACCGGCGCCAGGAUGAGCGCGGAAGCGAGCAGCAAGCCCCUCAAGGUGGGCUCCAGGGUGGAAGUCAUCGGGAAGGGGCACCGCGGCACCGUGGCCUACGUGGGAGCCACUCUGUUCGCCACCGGGAAGUGGGUCGGCGUCAUCCUGGACGAAGCCAAGGGCAAGAACGAUGGCACCGUGCAGGGCAGGAAGUACUUCACCUGCGAGGAAAACCACGGCAUCUUCGUGCGGCAGUCGCAGAUCCAGGUCUUUGAAGAUGGAGCUGAUACCACAUCUCCGGAGACGCCGGAAUCUGCUGCCCUGAAGGUCCCCAAGAGAGAUUCCGUGGAUGCCGCCAAAGCCAGCAAACUGCGUGGAGUGAAACCCAAAAAGGCCCCGGCGCCACGGAAGACGACCGCCCGACGGGCCAAGCCCACCCGGACCCCCAGCUCGGCAGCGUCCAGCGGCACAGCCGGGCCCUCGGGCUCGGCCUCCGCCUCCGGCGGGGAGAUGAGCAGCAGCGAGCCCAGCACGCCCGCCCAGACGCCGCUGGUGGCCCCCGUUAUUCCCAGUCCCUCCCUGGCCUCUCCGGUGGCACCGCCGGUCCCCUCGCCCACAAAGGAGGAGGAGAAUUUACGUGCUCAAGUCAGAGACCUGGAGGAGAAGUUGGAGACCCUGAAGAUAAAGCGAAAUGAAGACAAAGCAAAGCUCAAAGAGCUCGAGAAGUACAAGAUCCAACUGGAGCAGGUGCAGGAGUGGAAGAGCAAAAUGCAGGAGCAGCAGGCUGACCUCCAGAAGCGUCUGAAGGAAGCCAAGAAGGAAGCCAAGGAUGCCUUGGAAGCCAAGGAGCGCUACAUGGAGGAGAUGGCAGACACCGCCGAUGCCAUCGAAAUGGCAACCCUGGACAAGGAGAUGGCGGAGGAGCGCGCCGAGUCCCUGCAGCAGGAGGUGGACUCUCUGAAGGAGAAAGUGGAAUAUCUCACCAUGGACCUGGAGAUCCUGAAGCACGAGAUCGAAGAGAAAGGCUCGGACGGAGCCGCGUCCAGUUACCAAGUGAAACAGCUGGAAGAGCAGAACGCGAGGCUGAAGGAAGCUCUUGUGAGGAUGCGGGACUUGUCUGCGUCAGAGAAGCAGGAACAUGUGAAGCUGCAGAAGCAAAUGGAGAAGAAAAACACGGAGCUGGAGUCCCUGCGGCAGCAGAGGGAGAAGCUUCAGGAGGAGGUGAAGCAGGCGGAGAAGACAGUGGAUGAGCUGAAGGAGCAGGUGGAUGCUGCUCUGGGUGCAGAAGAGAUGGUGGAGACUCUGACCGAGAGAAACUUGGACCUGGAGGAGAAGGUCCGGGAGCUGCGCGAGACCGUGGGGGACCUGGAAGCCAUGAACGAGAUGAACGAUGAGCUGCAGGAGAACGCCCGCGAGACGGAGCUGGAGCUGCGGGAGCAGCUGGACAUGGCGACGGCGCGGGUCCGCGAGGCGGAGAAGCGCGUGGAGGCUGCGCAGGAGACGGUGGCCGACUACCAGCAGACCAUCAAGAAGUACCGAGAGCUGACCGCGCACCUCCAGGACGUGAACCGAGAGCUCAUGAGCCAGCAGGAAGCGUCGGCCGAGAGGCAGCAGCAGCCGCCGCCCGAGAUGUUCGACUUCAAGAUCAAGUUUGCAGAGACAAAAGCCCACGCUAAGGCCAUCGAGAUGGAGCUGCGGCAGAUGGAGGUGCUCCAGGCCAACCGGCACGUCUCCCUCCUCACCUCCUUCAUGCCCGACAGCUUCCUGCGCCACGGAGGCGACCACGACUGCAUCCUGGUGCUCCUGCUCAUCCCGCGCCUCAUCUGCAAGGCCGAGCUGAUCAGCAAACAGGCGCAGGAGAAGUUUGAUCUGAGCGAGAACUGUGCGGAGCGCAGCGGGCUGCGGGGCGCCGCCGGCGAGCAGCUGAGCUUUGCGGCCGGGCUGGUCUAUUCGCUCAGCCUGCUGCAGGCCACGCUGCACAAAUACGAGCAGGCCCUGAACAAAUGCAGCGUGGAGGUGUACAAGAAGGUGGGGAUGCUGUACCCGGAGAUGAGCGUCCACGAGCGCUCGCUGGACUUCCUGAUCGAGCUCCUGCACAAGGACCAGCUGGACGAGACGGUCAACGUGGAGCCGCUGACCAAGGCCAUCAAGUACUACCAGCACCUGUACAGCAUCCACCUGGCUGAGCAGCCCGAGGACUGCACCAUGCAGCUCGCCGACCACAUCAAGUUCACCCAGAGUGCCUUGGACUGCAUGGGCGUGGAGGUGUGCCGGCUGCGAGCCUUCCUCCAGGCCGGGCAGGAGGCCUCCGACCUGGCCAUCCUCCUCAAGGACCUGGAGACCUCCUGCAGCGACAUCCGCCAGUUCUGCAAGAAGAUCAGGCGCCGCAUGCCUGGCACGGAUGCUCCGGGGAUCCCCGCGGCGCUGGGAUUCGGGCAGCAGGUGUCGGACACGCUGCUGGAUUGCCGCAAGCACCUGACGUGGGUGGUGGCCGUGCUGCAGGAGGUGGCCGCCGCUGGGGCGCAGAUGAUCGCUCCGCUGGCGGAGAACGAGGGGCUGAUGGCGGUGAAGCUGGAGGAUUUGGCCUUCAAAGCGAGCGAGCAGAUCUACGGCGCCCAGAGCAUCAACCCCUACGAGUGCCUGCGCCAGUCCUGCAGCAUCCUCAUCGCCACCAUGAACAAGAUGGCCACGGCCAUGCAGGAGGGGGAGUACGACGCCGACAGGCCGCAGACCAAGCCCACCCCCCCUGCCGACCUGCGGGCCGCGGCUCUCCGGGCAGAGAUCACCGACGCCGAGGGGCUGGGGCUGAAGCUGGAGGAUAGGGAAACGGUUAUCAAAGAGCUAAAGAAGUCCCUCAAGAUCAAGGGCGAGGAGCUCAGCGAAGCAAACGUGCGGCUCAGCCUCCUGGAGAAGAAGCUGGACAGUGCGUCCAAGGACGCCGACGACCGCGUGGAGAAGAUCCAGACCAAGCUGGAUGAGACCCAGACGCUGCUCAAAAAGAAGGAGAAGGAGUUCGAGGAGACCAUGGAUGCUCUUCAAGCAGAUAUUGACCAGCUGGAAUCAGAGAAGGUGGAGCUGAAGCAGCGCCUGAACAACCAGUCGAAACGAACCAUCGAGGGCCUGCGUGGCGCCCCUGCCUCUGGAGUUGCCUCCAUCGUGUCCGGCAUCGCUGGAGAGGAACAGCAGCGAGGUGUCGGUGCCGGCCCGGUGCCUGGAGGUGGCUCAGGACCCGUCCAGGUGAAGGAUUCGCCUCUCCUCCUGCAGCAAAUCGAUGCUCUGCAGCUCUCCAUCAAACACCUCAAGAACGAGAACAACCGCCUCAAGGGCGCGCAGCUGAAGAUGGAGCUCGCCAGCCUGGAGCCGCUGCACGUGCCCAAGCUCUCGCUCGCCAGGGACGGGCAGGGAGACGGCCUGGCCACGCAGGCGCUCUACCGCAAGACCAGCCAGCUCCUGGAGACCCUCUACCAGAUGAGCGCCAACGCCAAGGUGGUGGACAUGAAGCAAGCCAAGUCCGCUCGGAGCUCGUCGGCGCGGCUGCUGGAGCAGACGGCGCGGCUUUGGGCCCUCAAGAACACCAUCGACACCCUGAGGGCGGACACGAUGCGGGAGACGGUGCAGCAGCAGCCGGGCGGCAGCGUCCCCACCGACUUCGGGCUCUUCCCCUCCUCCUCCUUCCUCAAGGCGGGGCAGGAGCGGGCGCAGGGCCUGUCGUGCUGCGGGCGGGUGCGGGUGCCGUGCGCCCCGGGACAAGGCCGCGCGCACCGGCUGCUCCUCACGCCCGAGCUGCGCCGGCGCCUCCGCGCACACUUCGCCUCCUGAGCCCGCAAUGCCGCCGCCGGCACCGGACACCGGCACCGGACACCCA